CAACAAUCGGAAUCCGGAUGUUCUCAUCUUUGCUUUUGUCAAAGCAUCGUAGCCCUAAUAACCGCUACUAGCGCCCAGCUUUUUAAAAACAAAUAUACAAGCAUAAUGUCAAGCUCUUCGAACUUGGUCAGCAUGAAAAAGGCGGUACAGCAGCUCCGCUUCGAGGCGAGUAUACCCAGAGUGAAGGUUUCACAAGCAGCUGUGGACCUGCAGCAGUUUUGCCUGCAGAAUGCCUUGCAGGAUCCAUUGCUGACUGGAGUGUCCUCCAGCACCAACCCCUUCAGGCCACAGAAAGUCUGCUCCUUCUUGUAAAAGUGUCAUCUUUAUUGGCCUUCAUUUAGAUGCUUCAGGGAAAUGUUGACCUCAGCACUGCUCCACUUGCCAAGCCAUUAUACUGCCACAGGAAUCGUAGAACUCAUUGAAGAUGUAUCAGGAAAAUCAAUUUAUUAUUAUUGGUGACAUUAAAAUGAAAAAUUUUAGUUUUUUUUUGUUUUGUUUUUUAUGGCACACACUGUGAUUUAUUUUUUUGGGGGGUAAAUAAUUGUGCCUUUUUCUAUCAGUGGUCUUUAUUGCUGUGGACUUUUGUAUUUAAAAACAAUAAAAAAAAUUCAUAACUACAAGGCUUUCUUUGAACUUUUAAAUAGUUUGAAUAUUUUAGAUGAAAUCAUUUUACAUGGGAAGUUUGUAGACGGGCCAGCUAAAGGUUUUAAUGAAAGUUUAAUGCAAUGAAUAUUUUUUUAAUCUGGUGGAGAAAAAAAAAUAUUUAAUGAGACCUAGGUUGUAAAAAAUGU